UGGAGAGGGCAGCAGUAUCGGUCUUUGUCUCUUGGUCGCCAUCUCGUAAUCGUCUCGUCCGAUUUUCCUCCAACGUUUUCCCUUAAAAACACCUUUUAACUCACAAAUAUGUCUGCUGAAGAAGAAGGGCGCAAGGUCUAUGUUGGUAGCCUGCCAUUUUCUGCUACUCAUGACAGACUACACGAGUUCUUUGCCGAGAUUGGUGCGAUCGAAAAAGCUGAUGUCGUCAUGGACAAAGAGGAUGAUCGCAAAUCCAGGGGUUUUGGUUUUGUCACGUUUUUGGACAGUGCUGAUGCAGAUGCUGCUGUGGCUAAACUUGAUGGUGCCAAUAUGGAUGGAAGAAAUUUAAAAGUGAGCAUUGCCCAGAAAAAAAGUGGAGGUGGCCGAUUCGGUGGUGGUGGAGGUCGUGGUGGUGGAUACCGAGGUGGGCGUGAUGGAGGAGGCGGUGGACGUUAUGGAUCAGGAUCAGGUGAGAGCUAUGGAUCAAGCAGCAGUCCCUAUUACAGUGGUGGUCGCGGCGGCGGUGGUGGAGGUGGAUACCGGGACCGUAAUUCAUACGGCGGUGGUGGACGAAGUGGCGGAGGACGCAAUGGUUACGAUAGCUACAGCAGCGGUGGUGGUGGCGGCGGCGGUAGUUAUGGUGGCAGUGGAGGUUACAGUUCAGGUGGAUAUGGAGGUGGUAGCGGGGGAGGCGGCGGCAGCUAUGGCGGUGGCAGCUAUGGCAGUGGAGGAUACUAGGUCGCCAAUAAAUGGAUGUGCACACCACUUGAGAUGGCGGCUUAAAAUGAUGUUUGAGACAUUUUUACGAGAGAACUCUGAUCAGAUUUGUCCUUCAUACUGACUGGUUCAUGGAAAUUUUAAAAUGAACGGGUGUUCUGUUCUUGUCACAAGAAGAUUCAUCCUAAUUGUGCUAGUCAUGGGCAUGUUGGUUUCAAACCUCGUUCUGAAUCGGGUGUAGUGAUCAGAGCCACACAUCCAAGGAAACAAUUGCAACUGUGGACAAUGUAAUAUUGAAAACAGAGUAACUUGUAUCUUUCUCAAUAUUUGAUGUCAUAGUGUGGUAGUUGCACCAUAUGUUUAGUAUUUACUGUAGUACGUUUAUUAUGACCACUAUUAUAAUUUUGGGAGUUGUAAAUCGAUCAAAAGUCAAUGCUGCCAGUCAUCAACACCACUUAAGAUUCAAUGCUUCUUGAAAUCCGCCCAUGACAAAGCAAUGUUCACGCAAGACCGUAAUCCUGGUCGUCUUUCUAAAGAAAAUCAUUCAUGGGGGAACGGAAAAGUGGUUGACAAGAAAUGUUCCGUAUUGUCACUUUUUAUUGUGAGUUAUCAUGCAAACUUUUCUUACGAAAGGAGUUAAAUAUUUGUCAAUAAAAAACUGUAUAUUGUA